CUGCACAUUUCUAUAGGUAUUUAUCUAAACUCUUCAAUUCGACGAGAUAAAAGAAACUGGCGACUGUUUAUCGUUAUUUUCUCAAUUUGGUUUUUGUUGAAAAGGCAGCUGAUUGUUUUUAACUUCUAGCAAUAUCGGAAAGGGGUCGGGGAAGGGCGGGGGUUGUUGCAGAUGUUUUUUAAUAGGUAAAUUCUAGGGCUUAUUUCAAGUCUGUCAGAAUGCGAGUAAAGUGACUUAAUCGGAACCAACAUCAAAUGCAAUAAGCUUAGUUUUUGCCUCUUAUAUUGCAAGGUGGCCGAAUGAGGUAGGCAGUUUGUUCUGAAUCAAGGAGACUGAAGAUAAAGCGGAAGCUACUGUUUAAAGAGAUUUUAACCUAGGGUCUGUCAACUUGUUACAAUAAAUGUAAUUAGUUUCAUUUGUAAUUCUAUGCAUUUAAAAAUACUGAGAAACCUUCCAAAGGCUUCACCAGUAGGUCAAAGUGGUCCUGAAAAAUAAAAAGGGUUAAGAUCCUCUUGGUUUGUAGGGGCUGGGGUUACACGGUUUAUUUAGCACAGCACCUGAAAGCAAAUUCACCUUAAAGUAAUGGAGAAAAGCUUUCUCGGUAAUAAAUUGGCUGAGCAUCACCCCCUUUCCCCAAAGUGGGGCGGGGUCUUAUCCAAGCUUAACUCGGGGGUGGGAAUGGGGGAGUCACGAGGCCCAGAUCGCAACCCCCCAAUCCUCCCUCCGCCCCCGGCUCCUGGGAAAGUGUUCAGAAAGCCGCCAUUGGGAGCGAAACGUCAAUGCCGGCCACGUGGCGUUGCAGCGCUCGAGGCCGUCCAGAUGCUUCUUGCUCCCCCAAAUCAGGAGCCUGUAAAUAGAGUGGGACUGGGAGCUACUCGCGCCGGGGCCUUCAGAGGCUUGCAAUUGUCGGGCUCAAGGUUGCUGCCCUCCCCAUCUGAGUGUUCUACGCCCUUGCCAGGCUUUGCCCUCCCCUCCUUGUGGGGCGGCGCUGCUGCCGUCUAACAACUGACCUAUCCUUCCCUUCUUGCUCCGCUAGGGUAAAACGGGCGGGGCCCGCUCUCGAAACUCCUCCUCCCCACAGAGAGGCCUAACCUAGUCGUUCCCCCGCCCCCGCGGGCCCUGCGAGACUAGCCCCGCCCCUUCAGCCAUCGCCGCCGCCGUCUCUGCGCCACAAUCGGUUGCGGCCGCGCCCCCCCCCCCUGCCGUCGCCGCCGCCGCCACUGCCCGGAGCCAGAAAUCGACGAGCCGCGGUUCGCAGAGGAAGGCUUGGGCGUCCGUAGUUUCUAGCUUUCUGCGUUCCCUCCCCCCGAAGGAGCGCUGAGGGCGCGGAAGUGACGUGAGAAGAUGGGGGAGAGACUCGUUUGAAUUCGUUCCCGGGUGAUCCUCGCCCGCCCCUUCGCCGCCCCUGCCUCUUCGUUUUUCUUCAGAAGCCCAUUUGAAGAACGGCCCCCGUCGUCUAGCCUUUGCCGCCGGGGCCUGCGAGUCCUAAGUGGUUGGGUGCCGCUCCCCCCACCUAAGUCCCCCGCUGGUGCUGUAAUAGGCAACGCCGCGAGGGGAGCCCGAGCUGCGGCGGCUCUGAGAGGGGCGGCCGUCGCCGCCGCCGCCGCCUGCGCUCCCGUCUUGUCUCCUCCCCCCAAAUAUGGCAGCGUCAGGCGGCGGCGGCGGCAGCGGGUCGGCCGAAGGCGGCAGGAGCGGCCGCCGCACGGUGUUCCUGUUCGACCGGCGCGAAGAGCAGUCCGAGGUCGGGGAGCGCGCGCUGCACUUGGACGAGGGCGCCGACUUCUCGAGCUUCCGCAAAGCCGUCUGUCAGGCACUUGGGAUUUCAUCUGGAGAGAAGUUUGUUAUCACAACAACAAAUAGAAAAGAAAUUACUCAUGAUAACUUUAAUAAAAAUGUUCAAGAUGGGGUCACUCUGUACUUACUUCAAUCAGUCACUCAGUUACUGCUUUCUGCAACAAAGGAACGAAUUGAUUUCUUACCACACUACGACACAUUGGUUAAAAGUGGCAUGUAUGAAUAUUAUGCCAGUGAAGGACAAAAUCCCUUACCAUUUGCCCUUGCAGAAUUGAUCGACAACUCUCUCUCUGCUACUUCACGUAAUACUGGUAUUCGAAGUAUUCACAUCAAAUUGCUUUUUGAUGAAUCACAAGGAAAACCUGCAGUUGCAGUGAUUGAUAAUGGAAGAGGAAUGACCUCUAAGCAGCUUAACAACUGGGCUGUAUAUAGGUUGUCAAAGUUUACAAGAAAAGGUGACUUUGAAAGUGAUCAUUCAGGAUAUGUCCGUCCUUUACCAGUGCCUCGAAGUUUAAACAGUGACAUUUCAUAUUUUGGUGUUGGGGGCAAGCAAGCUGUUUUCUUUGUUGGACAAUCAGCCAGAAUGAUUAGCAAACCUUCAGAUUCUCAAGAUGUUCAUGAACUUGUACUCUCUAAAGAAGAUUUUGAAAAGAAAGAGAAAAAUAAAGAAGCAAUUUAUAGUGGCUAUAUUAGAAACAGGAAGCCAUCAGACUCUGCUCAUAUCACAAAUGAUGAUGAGAGGUUUCUACAUAAUCUUAUCCUUGAGGAGAAAGAAAAAGAUAGCUUUACUGCAGUGGUUAUUACAGGAGUACAACCGGAGCACAUACAGUACCUGAAAAAUUAUUUUCAUCUUUGGACAAGACAAUUAGCACAUAUUUAUCAUUACUAUAUUCAUGGACCAAAAGGAAAUGAAACAAAUGCUACAACAAAAGAAGUUGGACCAUUCAACAACAUUGAUAUGGAAAUUUCUGUGUUUGAAAAAGGGAAAGUGCCUAAGAUUAUCAACCUUAGAGAGAUCAAAGAUGACAUGCAGACUUUAUAUAUCAAUACGGCAGCAGAUAGUUUUGAGUUCAAGUCUCAUGUAGAAGGAGAAGGUGUGGUUGAAGGAAUCAUUCGCUAUCAUCCUUUCUUAUAUGAUAAGGAGACUUAUCCCGAUGAUCCAUGUUUUCCAUCAAAAUUAAAAGAUGAUGAUGAUGAUGAUGACUGUUUCAUAGUAGAAAAAGGAGCAAGAGGGAAAAGACCCAUUUUUGAAUGUUUUUGGAAUGGAAGAUUAAUACCUUAUACUACUGUAGAAGACUUUGACUGGUGUGCUCCUCCUAAGAAGCGAGGCCUUGCACCGAUUGAAUGCUACAAUAGAAUUUCUGGUGCAUUAUUCACUAAUGAUAAAUUUCAGGUCAGCACAAAUAAACUCACUUUUAUGGAUCUGGAACUAAAGCUGAAAGAUAAGAACACUCUUUUUACAAGGAUUUUUAAUGGACAGGAGCAACGGAUGAAAAUUGACCGAGAAUUUGCUUUGUGGUUGAAAGACUGUCAUGAGAAGUAUGACAAACAAAUAAAAUUUACACUCUUUAAAGGGAUAAUUACACGUACAGACCUUCCUUCUAAAAGAAUGCAAAGUCCAUGGGCUACAUACUCUGCAAUAGAAUGGGAUGGAAGGACAUACAAAGCAGGACAGUUAGUUAAGACGACCAAGACACUUCCACUCUUUUAUGGAAGCAUAGUAAAAUUUUUUCUUUAUGGUGAUCAUGAUGGAGAUGUAUAUGCUACAGGAGGGGAGGUUCAAAUUGCAAUGGAACCUCAAGCUUUAUAUGAUGAAAUUAAAACUGUUCCAAUCACAAAGCUUGAUAGGACAAUACCUGAGAAAAUUGUAAAAAAAUAUGUAGAAGAUGAAAUGGCACGACUUCCAGAUCGAUUAUCUGUAACUUGGCCUGAAGGAGAUGAAUUGUUACCAAAUGAUGUCAAGUCUGCUGGGACUCCUAUUGGUGCAUUAAGAAUUGAAAUACUGAAUAAAAAAGGAGAAGCCAUGCAAAAGCUUCCUGGUACAAGUCAUGGAGGGUCAAAGAAACUACUGGUUGAACUCAAGGUUAUUUUACAUUCUUCAAGUGGAAAUAAAGAAAUAAUAUCACAUAUCAGUCAGCAUGGGGGCAAAUGGCCUUAUUGGUUCAAGAAAAUGGAAAAUAUUCAAAAACUUGGCAAUUACACAUUAAAACUGCAAGUCGUAUUGAAUGAAAGUAAUGCAGAUACUUAUGCAGGCCGGUCAUUGCCAUCAAAAACAUUUAAAUUUUCUGUCAAAGAGGGUAAACCAGAGAAAUUUUCAGUGGGCCUUUUGGAUCCUCCAUUUCGUGUUGGAGUCCCAUUCAAUAUUCCCCUGGAGUUGCAGGAUGAAUUUGGUCAUACUACUCAACUAGUAACUGAAAUUAAGCCAGUUCUUGAAGCAAGCGGCUUGUCCUUACAAUAUGAAGAUAUCAGCAAAGGACCAAAUUGUGUAAUUAGGGGUGUUACUGCUAAGGGCCAUGUAAAUUCUUACCAAGGCAAGAACUUUAGUCUGAAGGUUAUUCUACCAGGUUUAAAAGAAGAAUCCCAGAUUUUGAAAAUUAGAUUACUUCCUGGUCCUCCUCGUCAGUUGAAAGUGAAACCAGAUUCUGAUUUUCUAGUCAUUGAAAAUGGUACAGCUUUCCCAUUCCAGGUGGAAGUUUUAGACGAAUCGGGAAAUAUCACAGCACAGCCCAAAUUGAUUGUUCAUUGUAAGUUUUUAGGUGCUCCAAAUCUUCCUGUCUACAGUGUGGAUUGUAGUAAUGCCGGAACUAGUAUUUUAACUGGACCUCCAUUUCAUGUACAGAAUAUAAAGAAAGACCAUAUACUUAAAGCAAAGAUUGAAAUACCAAGCUGUAAAGAUGUGCCAGCUGUAGAGAAGACCAUUAGAUUGCUCCCCAGUAGCCAUGUUGCAAAACUGCAGAUAUUCAGUGUAGAAGGACAGAAAGCAAUUCAGAUCAAACACCAGGAUGAAAUUAACUGGAUAGCUGGAGAUGUCAUGCAUAAUCUCAUUUUUCAGAUGUAUGAUGAAGGAGAAAGAGAAAUUAUUAUAACAUCUGCAUUAGCUGAAAAAAUUAAGGUUAAUUGGACACCUGAGAUAAAUAAGGAACAUUUGCUACAGGGUUUGCUACCUGAUGUACAAGUACCAACAUCAGUGAAAGAUAUGAGAUAUUGCCAGGUUUCAUUCCAAGAUGAUCAUGUGUCAUUGGAGAGUGCAUUUACUGUAAGACCACUGCCUGAUGAACCAAAACACCUUAAAUGCAAGUUAAAAGGAACAAAAACAGUACAAAUGGGUCAAGAACUCCAAGGAGAAAUAGAGGUAAUAAUUACAGAUCAAUAUGGAAAUCAGAUUCAAACUUUCACAUCAAAUUGUUUAAACUCUUUGGGAGUUUCUGGAAAUGGACUUGAUAAAUCCAAUAUGAAAACAAUUUGGCAGGAGAGCACACAGACUAUAAUUAUAAAAGGCAUAAAAUUUAACCCAGGUCCUCCUGGAAACAAGGAACUUUGCUUUGCAUGGCGUGAGUUUUCUGACUUUCUCCGGGUACAACUAAUUUCUGGACCACCAGCUAAACUACUCCUGGUAAACUGGCCAGAGUUAACAGAGCCAAUUCCUGUGAUUAAUGGAAAAGAAUUACCAAACCCCCUUACAGUUCAACUUUGUGAUCAGUGGGAAAAUCCUUCUUCUGUACCACUAGUUAAAAUAAGUCUUGUGAAAGCAGCGAUCUUAAAACUCAGCCCUUCAAAUCAGCAGCACAAAACUGAUGAAAAUGGCAUGGCUAAUUUGGGAGUUUUUAGUGUUUCUGCCCCUAGGGGAGAACAUACUAUCCAGGUUAAAGCUACUUACAACAAGAAUUCCUUAGAAGGACCUAUAAUUAGGCUAAUGGUUCUUCCAGACCCUGAAAAGCCUGUGCGUUUAAAUGUUAAAUACGAUAAAGAUGUUUCCUUUUCUGCAGGAGAUAUUUUUACUGAUUUCAUGGUUAGUGUUAUUUCUGAAGAUGAGAGUAUAAUUAAGAAUAUUAAUCCAACACGAAUUUCUAUGAAAAUGUGGAAACUCCCAAGUAGUGGAAACCGACAAGCAGCCAAUGCAGAAAUAUUUAAUUGUAGUAAAAUAAAGGAAAAUGACAAGGAGGAAGGCUUCUUUUAUUUCAGGGAUAAAGUAAUUCCAAACAAAGCGGGAAGUUAUUGCAUCCAGUUUGCUUUUACAGUUGACAAAUCUACUAUUCUCAACAGUGACCAGAUAUUAAUUGAUGUCAUACCUAAUGAACCAGUCAAGUUAGUUCCAGAUUGUCUACCAUCGACCCCGGCUGUUUCUAAUGUUCCACCUAUUGCCAACAGGACCUUAGUGAAAGACCUAUCCCUCAACAUUGUGGAUGAACAUAAUAAUCGUACUGGGACUAAUUUGAUUGGCAAGAUAAUUGCUAAAAUUAAAAGUUCCAAUGAAGAAGAUACUGAGAUUCCACUUUUUAAUGGGAAAGUUAGAAUGAUUGAAUUUCCAUUUAUCAAGGGAUCAGCUGAAAUCAAGGAUCUAGUGCUGGCAGAAAAUAGCCCUGGAAGAGACAGUACUGAGUAUUUCAUUGUAUUUGAACCUCAACUACCAGCUUUAUCAAGAAUAUUGGAACCUUACUGUCUGCCAUUUAUGUUUUAUAAUGACUUUAGGAAGCAGCAACAGAUGGCAGCACUUACAAAAGAGAGAGACCAGCUAUCUCAGUCCAUUGUACUGUAUCGAAAUUUAUUUGAUGCCAGCAAUCAGCUCGUUAGUGAAAUGAAAUGUCAAGCCCAAGAAGCAGGGACAAAAGAAGUCCAUUUGAGGAAUGAGCUAAAAAAACAGCAUAUAAACAUUCCAACAACACAACAGAUACCUCACGUUGACAUGCUUCUGAAACAAAAGAUAUCUGAACAAGAGGGACUAAAGAAACAACCUAGGAGAUCAUGUACUCUUCCAAACUACUCAAAGGGCAAUCCAGACAUUUUGGGAAAGAUUGCACACUUGGCACAGAUUGAAGAUGAUGAAGCUGCAAAGGUUAUUUCUUGGCACUUGGCAAGUGACAUGGAUUGUGUAGUCACUCUAACCACUGAUGCUGCUCGUAGGAUCUUUGAUGAAACUCAAGGUCGUCAACAGGUGUUACCACUUGAUUCUAUUUAUAAGAAGACUCUUCCAGAUUGGAACAGGCCUCUUCCUCAUUUACGAAAUGGAAAAAAUUAUUUCAGACCUAUUGGUAAUCCAGUAUUUGCCAGAGAUUUGUUAACAUUUCCAGACAAUACUGACCAUUGUCAAACAGUGUUUGGGAUGCUAUUAGGAGAUACCAUCAUUCUGGACAAUUUGGAUGCUGCCAAUCAUUACAGAAAAGAGGUUGUUAAAAUCACCCAUUGUCCUACUUUGCUAACAAGAGAAGGUGAUCGAAUUAGAAGUAAUGGAAAAUUUGGGGGCCUACAAAAUAAGGCUCCUCCAAUGGACAAACUUCGAGGGAUGGUAUUUGGUGCCCCACUGCCAAGACUUUACCAGACCCUGGCUGGACAAAUAGAUCUUCUUCAGCAGUAUCGUUCAGCUGUGUGCAAACUCAGUAGUGUGACUAAGGAACUUAAUGUUCAAAUAGACUACCUUAAUACUCCAGAUAUGCAGAAGAAAAAACAGGAACUUAGUGAACAAGAGAAAAAUCUGGAACGUAUAGAACAAAAACUUGGUAUGACUCCAACAGGUAAAGGUGAAUUAGUCCGUCAGGCAGCUAAACUCAAUAUGUCAGACAGUCCAAUCCCUUCUAAAAGAAUGAGGCGGGAAACGACAAAAAAACUAAAUAGGCUCAUAACCAAAUCAGAUGUGUGAAAAUUGACAGAAGGGCUGUUGGUCUCACUAAGAAUGCACUCACUUCUGCAGCUCUGCUUCAGGAGACCAAGAGGGUGACUUACCAGACUGAAUCUUUCUGGGGACAAUACAAGUACCAAGGACAUGAAUUUCCAUGUCUGACAAGAUGGGGCUGGAAGCAUCUAUUCAAAAGAGGGAAUCUGUGGACAAUAUGGCCUUACUGGAAAUAUCCUAGUCACUUAUUGCUCAUUUGUGAUAUAUUGCAAAUGUGUCAAAGGAGAAUGUUAGGUCAGUGCUUCGCAAAUGUGGCAGUGAUUAUAAACCUGACAUAGAGCAAUUUUCCAUCCUGAAGAAAAUGCUUACUGUGUUGUAGUAUGAUUACCAUGGAUGUGUGGAGAGAUGUUUAAUGAUGACAGACUUAAAAAUGGAUUAAUGUGAACUUAAUGAAAAUGUUUCAAUGAUUGUAAACUAUAGAAAUUACAGAAAUUGGAUGUUAUAAGCUAUAAGAGGAAACUGUUAAUGCAGAGUUCAGGGUAAAAAUGUAAGUCCACAAGUGUUUGGGAAUUAUGCUUCAAAAAACCAUAAAAGUGACCACAGUGCACAUGCAACAUGGUAGUGUAUUAGAUUCUAGCUGCUUAUCCUAAUAUGUACAGUGUGCAGUUUUUUUUAAGAAAUCAUUUGACAUGGUGUUUGUUUUUAUAAAUUCUCAGCCUUAAUGCUAAGUUAACAUUGUUUUUUUGUAAUUUUUAUUACUCUUUUAAAAAAAGGUCAGGGAAAGUAAAAUUCCGCAUUCAUGCAAUAAACUGUUAGAAAACCCAUUACAGAAACAUUUGGAAUGUGUUAUCCAAGUAGUAUGUAACAGUGUGGGAUUUUUGUCCACAAAAUCAAUUUUCAAGUAAAAUCAACUGAUCAGUGUAUUUAUCAGGAGUUAUUUUUUUGUGUAGUUACAUGUCUCAACAAAUAUGUGGUUUUUGACCUUUGUAAACGUGCAGCAAAAUGAGCAAAAAACACUUGUUUCCUCCCUUUUGAACUAAUAUUCUUGUGUUAAAAAGAACAAAAGUUUGAAAUCACCAUUGUGGUUAGAACCAUUGCAAGAUGGCUUAUUUUAGUCUUGUUUAAAUUAGUAAUAUCUACUUUUACUAUUUAAAGUUAACUUCAACUUAAAUUUACACAUCAAAACAGCAAUAAUAGAGAAGAAUUCAGUCUCAGUUAUAGUUUUGUUCCUUUAAUGUUAGAAAAAUCCAAAAACUGGCAAGAAAAGUAAGCAGGCUAUUAUAGUAUGUCCAAGAUGAUUUUUAGGAGCUACUAACCUAAAAUCUAAAGGUUCUUUUCAUCAUUUACCUUGGCAUCCAGGUUCUUCUCUCUAUAAACCUGCUGAACCAUAAUAUCUAAAAGAAGAAAAGCUCUUAAAGUUUUGUUUAGAAAUUACUCCAGGGCGAUCUAAAAUUUUGGUUAGUUAUGUCUAAAAGGGUAUCUUGUAUCAUCAGUGUGGGAAGUUAAUAUUGCUGAAAAACAUUAGAUUUCAUCAAUACUUCCAUACCAAACAAAUCUAAAGCUUUAUCUCAUUUUUAAAACUUCAUGAAUCAAUGAAAAAUAAAAUGUCAAUGGUCAAGCAAGACUUGAUUGUUAAGAUUUACCCUCCAGUCAAGAAGGACCUAUCUUAUCCAGUGAUACUUGGUGAGGAAGAGAGGGAAGAGUGUUUCUGUCCCUUUUGCAUUUAAAUGUAACUGAAAGUCAUAUUGUGUAUAAGUAUUAAAAUACUAUGUAAUAUGUUCUACACUUGUAAAAAGGAAGGAAAAUUCUUUUAUUUAUAUUGUAUCAGAACCAAUAAUAGAAGUUUGGCAUAAUUAUGGAGAAAAAAAGCAGAAGCACCAGUAUUUUAUUUGUUAGCUAAAAGUCUUAAGUUCUUGUUACAAAAGAAGAAAACUGGCAGAGGUGAAUACUUUAAAGACAGCAUUCACACUGCCCUUAUGAUACCCAUUCAGACUGAUGAAUAUUUCCCAUACGAUUUAUCCUGAUUCACCUAGUAUCUUUCCUCAAUUAAAAAAUGGACAGCCUUUUUUAUAUAUCAAAAUGAGGAUUUGUAUCAUUGAAGUAUGUAUACUUUGAAAACAAAGGAACUUAUUCUGUUCUCCUUAGUUAAGAUAAACUUCUGGUGCAUAUUGGCCUUCUGUUGCUUAUUUUGCAUAUUAUUCAUAUCAUUUAGGGUAUAUAUAUAUAUUUUGCCGCUUUGCAGUAAAUUUGUACUGGUAAAAAUGAAAUUCUAUUUAUUUAAUUUUCAUUUAAAAAAUUCAGUAUCUAAAGAAUAAUACUAUCUGUUUAAAAUUGCUGUACAGGUCAUUGGUAAGGGGGGGAAUAUUUGGUUUUUUUAAAUUAUGUGGAUUAAUGUUUAAUUGCCAGUCAAAUAUUAAUACCCCAAAUAGUAAGAAAUCUCCAUUUUCACAAAAUUUGUAUACUUUUAACCCCUCCUUGUGACCUCGUCACAUAGCCACUAGGAAAAGGAAAAAAGAAAAAGAAUUAUAUUUUUAGUAUGUAAUUUUGAAAGGCUAAUGCUUUAAGUACAUUGUAAUUGGUGUAGUUUUAUAUCAUUAAAGUGUUACUAAUGCUUACUUUGUGGAUAUUAUAGUUGUAUUCCAAAUGUUUCAUUUGUUAAAUAUUUUCGUGCAAAAGAAGAAAAAAAAUCAUUACAUAUUAUGUAAUUGUUUAUAAAGAUAUUUGUUUUUGCCUAUUCCCUUGAAGUGUUUGUUUUGUAAUUUUGUUUUCUUGUGUGUUGUUCUUUUGAGACCUCAAAAGAUACUGAAACUUGAUGUUACAGUGAAAGGGAAAUAGCAUUAUCAAUCAUUCAUUUUGAAAUUGAAAUUCACGUUGCCUGAGCUUAUUUUGAGGGCAGAAAAUCAAAACAUUCUUAUCAAACUGAAUUUUGUAAUCUAUAAUGAUUGAGUCCAUUCUAGAUUAUAUUUAAAUUCAAAUUCCAUUAAAAUUUAAAAGAAAUGUUUUUUUUUAAACAUCUCUUUUGGAAAGAAAACACAUGUUCAGACUUUUGAAAGAACCAAAGUUUUAAAGGAGGGAAACUGUUGAAAGUGUAGAUUACUUUUUCCAGAUUUGGUUUUUUACACUACUAGCCAAAGUUAGAAAAUGUAUAACUUUAAAAUUCCAUAAAAUUAAAAUUCUUCAUCCUUCAAUCAAUCUACCACCAUCUUAAAAAUUUUGACUCUAGAUAAAAAAAAUUUUUUUUCAAUCUAUAGUUGGCAAGACCAUUCACAGAAUUUUUGUCACUAACUCAGAUUAUCAUAAAAUGAAUAAAAACCACAAGUCCCUACUUUCUGCCAGCCUCGUUUUCUACAAUGAAAUAUAAUAAAACUUUUCAGUUAAAGUCUUCUGGUCCUUACCAUCCAUCCUUCCUCUACAGUGGUUUCAGAUUCAUGGCCUACUGCAUGUAAAACUUUUGAGGUGGGGAGGAGGCCAUAAUCAGAAUGUAAUGAGGAAAUAUUUAACAAAAAUAAAUAAAAAUGCAAUAUAGAUAAUAUUAACAUGUAGUUUUCUUAAGUCAUUAUGCUGCCCACACGAUUCCUUUCCUUUAGAAUUUUAUACCAAUGCUCUACCCAUUUCUGGUUUUUCAGCAUUACUAACUUACCUGAUUUCCUAAGAACUUAAAGGUUACCAUCUGCCCUACAGUUGAAUUCCUUUAUUUUAUGUCUUAUGUCCCCAAGUUAGACUGUAAGCUCUGUGAGAGCAGAAACUAUCUCACUUUUUCUCUUUAUAUCCCCAAUGCUUAGCACAGUGCUUGGCACAUAACAUGGUAAGCGCUUAAAUGCUUUUUUCAUUCAUUCAUUCAAUAAACACAUUCCAUUAAUGUUAAAUCUAGUAGAAUAAGUUCGUCUCCAAGUACAGUUUUGUAAAGCUGCAUUCUUCUAGCCCCUUUAACUGAAAUCUCUCCUACUUGCCCUUGGGGAGCUUCUCUUUCCUCUGAGCAUUAGAAUACAAAGGUAUAUCAUUUGAACAUUAUAUUAAGAUAUAUACCUCCAUUGACCUUUCUCUCCCUCAUUUCUGUCUGUCAGGCAAGCUUAAAUAUUCAUUCAAGUUCUUGGUGAAAGGUCAAAUUGAGUUUUACUGUGGAUAUUUGUAGACACCAUUAUAGAAAGUAGUGACCAAUAAAUAUAUUUGACUUCAUACAAUGUUCAAUACAUAUGAAUGAAAAAUCAAACUAUAACUGUAACUAAAAGCUAAUUGAAAAGUGUGCUUAAAAAGAACAUCAAUUGAUGUAGAAUAUUCUGUGUUGGUCCAGUCAAUUAAUAUUUUAGAACAGGAAGUGCUAUCUACCUUAUCACCCCCUCUCACUUUUUAAAGUUAAAUUUCUAUGUUAAUAACACUCAAAUGAACAAAUUGCUCAAUGAGAUUUCUUUUUUGUGUUUUCAGAUAUUUUGUGGAAUUGUCUGUUUUAAUUUGUGAAAUGUAAGGUAUAUUUUUCCUCUUCUAGUAGUUCCAAAGAAUGGAUUGCAUCUCCCAAGAAAAAGCAGAAAAUUCAGCUACAAACUCUUUCACCGGAAUUUAAUGGAAACUCGAAGAAAGAGAAAGCAUAAAGAUACCAAUUAGAUUGAUUUAAAAACACCUUUGUAUUGACUUAUGUGACUAUAUUAAAUAUUCAUGUUGUAAAUUGUCUAAAGAUUUUUAUACUGAUAGAAAUUAGUAUUUUGUUGUUGGUAAUAACUACUUUUGGGGAGAAUAUUUAAGUAGGUUUGCCUAAAUUUGCGUAGUUUUCCUUUAUGAAAAAUUAAGGCAUCUUGAGGUUUUGAAUGUGGAGUAAAGCUUUCAGUCUAUUUAUGGAAUAUUAAAAACUUUUCAAUAAAUGACAGUGGAAAUCAUUA